GUCAUGGAUUAGCCUUCUCACAGUUCUCUUUUUCUUUCCUUACUCUCUGAAAAUGGAGUUACUGCAAAAAACAUUUCCUGGGACCUUGAAGAGAUACUGGAGAAGAAGGCAAUACCAAAGACUCAACGGCGAGGUGGUCAAGAGCAGAAAGAACGUCAAAGUCACAAGGAUUGGAGCGGGAUCGCGAAGGUUUUGGAGGGUCAAGGCGAUACCGAAGCUGCGUUGGAAGAUUGCUUCGCCUGUAAAGCUUUUGACGAAGCUCAAAAAUGCUUAUGUGAACAUGAUGAUCAGUUUGGCUGGGAACGUGGGCUCCUUGAAUACCGAGAAUACGUUUGGAGGAAAACGGAUUCCCAAAGCUCGACAAGUUCCUGUUGUUUAUUCUAGCAAUGAAUUUGACCAAAGGUUGGUUUAUGAGAUUUACAAGGCUCUAGUAGCUACUCGAGAAUUAUCUGCGGGGUAAAUUAAACAACUUAAUUAUAUCCCUAAGUGCAGGUCAUUUUUUCAUAACUUAAUGGUGGUGCAUUCACUCAGUAUGAGAUUCCUCAAAGUUAAAUUAGUUUCAACUUAUCCUUUUCAA